GUAUAUUUAUCCGGGUUGACGAGAAUACUCUCGAUCUCGAUGGCCGUAAGCCUCGUCUUUCCGCGUAGAAAGAAAAAAUCACGUAUGGGGAUCGCGAAUAUAAAUAAACUGGCCGCGCAAAUUUGCGGUUUUCCGCAGAGUUUCGUCGGAUACAACGCGCGUCCCGUUGCGAUCGCACGUCACGAGCUCGUCCGAGCGGUAAAUCGCAGCAGAGACUCCCGCGCGUGGAUCCAGUAAGAAAUGGCCGCCGUUUUGAGGAGAAAAUUUCGAGCGGUGCCUCGCACGCUCGCCGGCAACGGGAAUCUACCGCUGCUCGCGGUCGCAAGAUCUCUAACAAGGUCAUCGGAACGGGGAGACAUUAGCGAGGGAUGGAUAAGCAAGCUCCUGGUGAGGAAGAUCGAGCCCACGAAGGAGUCGCACUCGCGAAUGCUCUCCGACAAGGAGGUCAUUUACGCGCUGCACACCCACAACAUUCGUCCCGAUUCGAUUGACAAAUAUUUGGCAAAUUACGAGGAAAAUGUCAAUCUUAUACAUUCAAAAAAAUCUGAACUGAACUGUGAAUUAGUUGGUUCGUGGACAGUGGAAGUGGGAGAUUUGGAUCAGGCCUUACACUUGUGGCAAUACACGGGUGGAUACGAACGCAUAGACCAUGCACAGGCCGUGCUUUCUCAAGAUGAGUCUUAUCAACGACUGCUUAGGGAACGAGGAAAUUACUUGAGAUCUCGCCAUUUGCAAUAUCUAUUGGCAUUCAGUUUUUGGCCACCGUUGGUAAAACGAAAAGGCUCCAACAAAUAUGAAAUACGCAGUUAUAGCUUAAAACCAGGUACAAUGAUAGAAUGGGGAAACAAUUGGGCAAAAGCUAUUAAUUAUAGACGCAACAAUGAUGAGCCAUUCGCUGGUUAUUUUUCACAAAUUGGUAGACUGUACAAUGUUCACCAUAUUUGGUGUUACAAGGAUCUUCAAUCGCGUAAAGAAACGCGCGAGAGCGCGUGGAGAUCACCCGGUUGGGACGAAUGUGUCGCUUACACCGUACCCUUAAUAAGGGAAAUGCAUUCGCGCAUAUUAAGUCCAACUUCGUUUUCGCCUACGAAAUAAGGCUUCACAUGUAUGAACGCAAAUGCAUUUGUAUAUUUACCGGUUAUUUCUUAUAUAUAAAUAUAUAUGCAUUGUAAUAUUGUAAAAACAUUUGUUACAUGUAUACACGCUGUAGAUUUAAAUGGUGUAUAAACUGUACGCGCAAUGUAUGAGAAGAACUAAUUUCUGUUGUAUUACAACUGGCAGGAUGUAGUUUGUUACUAUUUCAUGUUAUGCGUUACAGCAAGAGCAUUUGUUUAUAUACGUCAUGUUUUUAUCAAUGUCAGUUGAAGCACAACAUGUAAAUGUAUAAACGAAUAUAAAGAAAUGAGAGAGCUUUAUA